AUGGGGUGGUUCUUCUUCAACUCUGUCAACGUCCUCCUCUGUAGCAUCAAGAUGAGCGAGGAUGUACUACUCGGAAGGUAUAACCAGAAGAUGUUGUAUGUGAUGAAGACUUUCAAACACCUGAACGACAAGAAGUUCAAGACUGAGUCCCAGAGAGAGGAGAUAGAGAGGGCGGAGAGGGAGGAGAGAAAAGUCGUAUUCGUCAACAGAUUCGAGGUGGACUACCACGAGUUGUUCAGAGGGUAUCAGUUGAGAUGGCUGCUCUACCAGGACAUGCAAGUGGAUCCCAACCACCUAGGCAGAUUCAUGACUCCUCCACAACUACUCCUGGUGAACAGAGAAGCGGAUAAGAUGCUGGAUUCGUUCCCAGUGAUAAGACAGUUGCACUAUGGGUCAAACGAGGUCAUGUUACGUAACGCCAAAGUGCAGUUUUAUCAGCGAGACGAGACCAUCUUCAAACAGUGCGAGUACGAUGCGUCCAUUUAUAUUCUGAUCAAUGGCAGAAUUGGUAUGGAGUUCAGAUAUAUCAGUCCGUUUGAACCGAGUUAUGUAGACACUGCGCCCCUGCCAAUUGAAAGCUCAGCGGGGUAA